AUGUGCCGAUCGAGAUUAAUGCACUAUCAGCUUCGUCUCUCCCUAAUUACCGAUAGCUUGAUCGUAGCAAAUGCAAACAAAUCGUUGGCUAAAAACAAGCAAACGUUACCAAGAAUUCAAGACUUUUUGAUGAAUCAGCCAACCACAAACUCAGAGGUAAAAGGCGAUGCGGGUGACGUUGCGGGUGACGCGGAAACGUUACAAAAACUGGAGAAUCCUAAACUGCAAUCCAGUAUGAAGGAAUCCCAACAAACGCAGGAACAGAUUCAAAAUCGGGAGCCACCGCAGCAGCAAACGGCAGAACAAAUUCUGAUGCAGCAACAGCGUGAGGCAAACCAACAGCUUCAGCAUCAACUCGAAGACGAAAGGCGAAAACUGAACCAAUUGCAGUUGCAAUUGCAACAAGAGCAACAACUGCUGUCACGGCAACAGCAACAACAGCACGAUAGUCAUCAGUGGGAACAGUGGCAGAAUCAACAGGAGCAGAUGCAUCAACAGCAAGUACAACAGUUGCAACUGCAGCAACAGGAGCUGCAGCAUCUUUUGCAACAAGAAAGAGCAAAGCGGCAACAGCUGGAAAACCAGAUGGGACAUCUACAACAACAGCAGCAAAUUCAGCAAAACUUCAGUCAGUUAGGCGAUACAGCGAAUUCUUCGUUAGAUUUGAAUAGGCAACAGGAACCGGGGCUAUUGCAUUCAAUUCCAGGAGUAGAUCAGCUACCUCAUGAUCUCAGGAUUGAUUUUAUGCGUUUCUUGCGAACACAACAUAGACCAAACACACCACGGUCUAGUGGACAAGCGCAAAGUUUGGUUAGGUUUACACAACCAGUACACAAAUGGCCUUUCGAAUAUGCGGGUCAACCUAAUAUCAUACAAUUGGGCGAGUUCCUAAACCAAGUAAACACAUACGCGGACACCGAAGGAAUUGAGGAGCAAACCCUCCUGCGUUCUAUCAAGCAUUUGCUGAAGGGGAGAGCUUUUCAAUGGUACACACGAUCUUACUUGCACCUAACCAAUUGGGAGGUGUUCAAAUCGGAAAUUAACCAGGAAUAUCUACCACCAAAUUAUUCCGAGAUUAUCAAGCAAAACUAA